AAUGUCAAAGAAAAUUAAAACAAAUGAGGAGAUAGCUGUAAAUGUAGAUCAGCAAUCUGAAUCUGAUGAUAAUGAACAAAUUCCAAUUUAACAAUAGGAGAUCAAGAAUGGUAAACUAAAUCUCUUAUUGUCAUAACCAAAGAACAAAUUAGAGUAGUAAUAUACAACAGUUGUGAAAAAGCGUCUACCUCCUAUGCCUCCUGGUAUCAAUUUUAAAGAAGCAGAAAUUUUAAGUAAUACUGCUAUUAAAAAAUUAACAAAGGAGGAGUAAGCUUUAAUUGAUGAGUUUGAUUAGGAUGACAUCUAUAUGUAAGAUUAAAAAACUAUAAAUGAAAAAGGAAUUGUUAAAGUUACUUAUGAAAUAGGAGAAGAUAAUUCUUAAAUAAUGAAUUUACAUGGUACAAAUGAGAAAUAUUGGGAAAUGGAAAGAGAGAAGAUGAAAUAAAAAUAAGAAGCUUUUUUGAAGGUUCCCACAGAUGUAAAUUAAUUGAAAAGAGAGAAAAAUCAUAUUGAUUCUCUUAAUUAUUAAGCUGCUUUGAAAUAGGAAGGUUAUGAAUCAAGAAAAUAAGAUUUUAAAGAUAAGAAAGAGAAGAUGAAAGCCACUUAUGGUUGGUGA